AUGGCUACUUUAGGUGAAGAUGCGUUUGAUUAUAUUUAUUCACCAUAUAAUCCCUAUUCUUACCAAUACAUAAGCAGCCGGCCAAAAGGUUCCACUUGGAGACAAAGGAAUUACUUGAGCAACUAUGGUGACCCUGGCGAAUAUUUUGACAACUAUCAACGAGCUCAGCUCAAAGCGAUAUUAUCCCAAGUGAACCCAAACCUAACACCAAGAGUGAGAAAAGCAAACACGAAAGAUGUUGGAGUUCAGGUUAAUCCCAGGACCGAUGCGUCUGUGCAAUGUUCAUUAGGUCCCAGGACACUGAUGAUGAUGACUAUGAGGCGGAGGGGAGUAGUCAAGCGCCGGCCUUCACAGAACCAAAUACAGGGGAGUCCGGUUAGCAUGCCCAAAAAUGUUCGGUUCCGGAGGACCAUGGCUAUCUAUUCUCCUGUUAUAUCACCCAAUCUAAAUACCUUCCUGUAUAAAGAAGAGCCGCGGGAUGCCGGCAAACCAGAUUCCAAAGAAGCACAAGAGGAACCUCAGCAGGAAGAUAAGGUAUCUGAAGUGGUGAAAGAGGAGAAAGCUACAAAGGAGGAAACGGCAUCUGAGCAAGUUAAGGAAUUUGAAGAGAGAGGAACUGCAACCGUGGAUGGUCCAAGUGGCACAAUUACCGAACAGCCUGAAGAUACAACGAAAGAUGAGGAAAAGCUAGACACCGGAACCGCGGUCACCAAAACAACCCAAAGCGAGAAACGCUUAAGAUUUCAGUUUCUAGAGCAGAAAUAUGGAUACUUCCAUUGCAAAGACUGUAACGCUCGCUGGGAGAGUGCUUACGUUUGGUGUGUACAAGGCACUAACAAGGUCUACUUUAAGCAGUUUUGCAGGACCUGUGAGAAGGCCUACAACCCUUACCGGGUCGAGGACAUCACCUGUCAAACCUGCAAACAGACAAGAUGUACAUGUCCUAUCAAAAUGCGCCACGUUGACCCAAAGAGGCCACAUCGCCAGGAUCUCUGUGGGAGAUGCAAAGGCAAACGGCUCUCCUGUGACAGCACUUUCAGCUUCAAAUACAUCAUUUGAUUGCUGCUAGGACUUAAGUUAAUGGAAUGCAGGAAUCUACAUUAUUUUUGUGUCUUUGGUUUCUUUAAACUAUCGAACUGAAGGAAAUAAAGUGUAAAAAGCACAUUUCUCUUGCCGUCUCUUGAAAUGUUUGAAAAUCCUAACAAAUUCUUGCAACAGCCCUGGUUUAAAUACAAAAUGGAUAUGUUCU